GAAGGAGAGCGUCAUCAAUUAUAAUACAAUGAUAGUGUAUACUUGGAUAUUCUUUCUAACAACAGUUAAAACUUGUUGAAAAACUAAUAUUUUGCCUAAUAAAAAAUAAUUCGCACGCGGUUUAGCUAUUAUUACCGGAUGUUAAAAAAAAAAGAAUAACGUGUCAGUUUAGUAGAAUUCCUCGUAGCGGUAGUUGUAGUUGAGACCAAAUAGCGCGUGGCGGUCAAGACAUGACGAGGCCUAAAACUUUCAAAACCCGUUUUCCAAAGCCAGUGAAGACGAGAUUCUAUGUUUAUCGUUUUUACGGUUAGUGUGUGUGUAAGAUGAAUUCUGUAAGUAACGCGACUGUGUUGCGUUAACCGCUUUCUGCAGCCUGAAGUUGCGUUAUUCGAGAGUGGAUUUUAACCAUGGCGUGGCAAGACUUACGGAGGUGGAAACGUGUGAUCCUAUCGGCCAGGCGGAGGAGUAGUGACGGAAGGAAGAACAAGGACAAAGACAAGACGACACUACAUACAAACCCUGAAUUUUCAAACGAAUCUAGGAAAUCGACGCGGCUCUCACAAGUCGUCCAAGACGCUCGUCACGUGCUUCCACAGGAUCAAGAGAGGAAAGACUGUAGAAUUUGUAUGACUGGACAUAAGAAUCACUAUUGCUCCCCAGAAUGUAAAGAGGCGAAGGAUUCGGAUAUUUUGGAACUUAAAGAUCAACAAUUACUCUUCGGUGAAAAUAGGAAGGGUUCUUUAACAGAAACUAAAGGUACGUGUGUACAAGGUUUGGAGAAUGUACCUCUGCAUAAGGAUAAGCAUCCAUGGAAAUUCCAGAACAACAUUCCUUUUGACGAAAUCAGCAGUAAAGACCUCAAGGACCAAGAAUGUCGAGAACUAAGUCCCAGAUGCGGGGACAGCGAUUCUGACCAGAAUCUAAGUGUAGGUUCGACUGUUCACUUGAAACAACACAUUAACGAGCUUGACAGAGACUUCACUGGCUUCGUAAACAGCAGAGAAAUCGGUGAUAGAUACUGGUUUGAGAAAUGUGAUGAUGUUUAUGAAAGAGUUCCUUUUGCGGAGGAUUUACCUGUUUCACAAGAACCAGCUGGAGAGGUUGACCUCGAAAUGGCGAGAGAGAAAAGGGAUUCUUUAAAGGGUUCCAUGGAGAGAGAGUUUACUUGUCUCCGGGGGCAAGAAAAACAAAAUAUAUGUCUGGAAAAACGGAAAAUGGAACAACUGAAACGUGAAUUCAAUUCG